CCUUAACUAAGCUGAUCCCAAAUUCAAGUUCCAAUCGAACAAUUUCUCCAUCAUCACAAGUGCUUUUGUCUCAGAAUCAAUGACCAUGCAAUUUAUCGCCUCAGGUGUCCACAUCACGUGGGAUCAACCGAGGUCGGUUUCUCGUUGAGGAACUCGUCGAGCCCCAACAGUCGCGAUUUCACGUCACCUUCAGUGGAAUUUCCCUCGGCGCAUCCAGCUAGCCCCGUCUGUCUGAAAUCUCCAGAGACCAUCAAUUGGAGUUGACACUCAGUCAGAACACACCAUGGCGUCUCAAAUUACUCUCGUCGUCCAGCCCCGGGGCAAGCCCAUUCGCAAGCUCCCCAAGGAGAUUACCGUUGCCCUCACCUCUUCCGGCGAGGAGCUAUACACGGCUAUUGCUCAAGCUUCCGGCGCCUCAAUUUACCGUCUUCGCAUCACCAAGGGAAGUGACCGCAGCGUGGUCCCCAAUGCGAAGAACACCACUAUCAAAGAUACCGGCUUGAAGGAGUCGAGUAUCAUCCAUGUGAAGGACCUUGGCCCCCAGAUCGCAUGGCGCACCGUCUUCAUCAUUGAAUACCUCGGACCUCUUCUCAUCCCGGCUCUCUUCCUCUUCCCUCUCCGCAAUCUGAUCUACUUCAACUUCGACAAGCCCCUCCCCGAGCCAUCUGACAUUCAACUCCUGGUCUGCCUCCUCCUGUCCCUGCACUUCCUGAAGCGCGAGUAUGAGACCCUCUUCGUGCACCGCUUCAGCAACGCCACCAUGCCCGCCCGUAACAUCUUCAAGAACAGCGCCCACUACUGGGCUCUCGCUGGCUUCAACAUCGCCUACUGGGUGUUCCGCCCGGACGCGGCAGCUGCCUCUGCGGAGUACAACCCCAUUCUCGUGUACGCCGGUGUCGCCCUGUUCAUUUUCAGUGAGUUGGCCAACUUCAAUGCGCACUUGGUGCUACGUGACCUUCGUCGUCCCGGUACGACCGAGCGCGGCAUUCCUUCCGGCUUUGGCUUCAACUGGGUCACUUGCCCCAACUAUAUGUUCGAGAUUCUGGCUUGGAUUGGUGUCUACCUAGUUAGCCAGCUGAGCUGGAGCGUCCUGUUCUUCACUCUUGUCGGUGGUCUUCAGAUGUGGAGCUGGGCCUGGAAGAAGGAGAUCCGCUACCGCAAGGACUUUGGCGACAAGUACAAGAAGAAGCGCACUGUCCUCAUGGCCGGUCUGUUCUAAGCGGUAGAUCCUUGCGGCUCUACGGACUAAAAAGUUAUUGAGCUCGGUCAUCUAGACCUGCGCUCAGUAGCAAGUGGUGAGGGAUAAUCAAUGCCUCUGGGCCCUACAGCCCCUCCUCUUUCUGCGUCGAAGCGCCAUGCUCUUGACCUGUACUAUUUUUUUCGUUCUAAUAUGCAUUUUAUGAAGCGCAGGAGGCACUUGAAAAUUCGCGAAUAAUGCAAUAUGCAUUUUAUGACUGGAUAUAGAAAUCAAAAACCUGAUGCCCGUGUGUCCAUCCUAACAACAUGCACGCCACUGAUAAUAGCAAAAGAGCCACACCGCUGGAUGUAAAAAAAAAAAAAAAGAAUAAUCUAUAACGCCGAGAAACCACCCAACCCAGAUUGCAUAAUGGACAAGGAUGGUAGAUACUGCAUAGCAACAACCCUCCAAACACGGAAACGAAUUCAUACAAGAGCUACUCAGUGGGACUCGGGCAUUCAAUGCCCAGGCACUAGGAGGUCAGGUACCCUUGAAUUUCUUCCACCACAUCGUGUAGUAUGGGUCCAAUUCAUCGCAGUCACGGCUCUUCUCCUCAUCACACGCAGGGAAGCGAAUGACAAAGUCACCAUCCUUGUAAGUACCGUCCGGUGAGGCCCCCGACGAGUCCUUGCUAUACGCAUUCAGGACUCGCUGAGGCACCAAAGCCGUUCGAGCCAGCACCGUUGGAUGCCACUGCA